UCCUGCAUGCUGUAUUCAGUCAGCAUUGGCGGAGGGCUUAUUUCUCAAUGCAUGCUGCUACUGCUCAGAGCUCCAGAUGCACAGACCUAUUAACAUUGUCAUCGUACCGGUUGAAAAUUAGAUGUUAAACAUAUAAACGCAGGAUCAACAGUCAACCUAGAUAGACAACUGCUUGCUGCCUGACUCUACAGGCAAGACUUACAGCUCGAGUGGUUGGUGAUAGAGGUCACACUCUGCAUCAGCGUCAUCAGCAACUAGAAAAGAAAUGAAGGUGAAUGCACAGCGAAAAAUAUGAAAAAGAUAUAUAUUGGGAAAACAGCUCUCAAAGCCCAAAGAAAUGGUUGCAAGCAUCAGAAAAGAAGUUCUCUACAUGAUCACAAGGAUGAUUUUCACAAGCGCCUGUCCUACACCACCCACAAACUAGAGAUGGUGGAGUCUGAGUUUGACUCCACCCGUCAGUACCUGGAGACGGAACUCCGUCGAGCCCAAGAAGAGUUGGAGAAAUUCACUGACAAACUACGCAGGAUCCAGAGCAGUUAUGCAGCUCAGCAGAGGAUCAAUCAAGACCUGGAGGACAAGGUGCACAGGACAUCCCAGCACCAUGAGGACGAGAAAAGAGCGCUGAGCCGGGAGAUCCUCGCCCUCAACAAUCACCUCCUGGAGGCUGAGAUCACCAUUGAAAAGCUCAGGGGAGACAACGACCUUUACAGGAAGGACUGUAACCUGGCAGCGCAGCUCCUCCAGUGCUCCAAGUCACACCACAGAGCCCACAAGCUAUCCGAGCUGCCCAUUGACUUCCAGGAGCGGGUGAGCUCCCACAUAGAGAAGCACGGAUGCGACGUCACAAUGGCACUGUGCCACUCAUCCUACUCCGAUGCUGUGCCCACCGCCGUCAUCGCCAAGGUGCUAGAGAAGCCCGAGCCAGGCAGCAGCUGUCCAGUCACCCACUCAACCAGCCCCCAGCCAUUGGUGGACGAGGGCCAUGACCAUGACUUCGUGACCAAUAGCGUGGUCGGUGAAAUCUUUCAGCGCCGUACCGCCUUCCGGACUGCCGACCUGUACUGUAGUGACACGGCCCUCUACUGCCCCGGGCGCUGGCAGGAGCGUAGGCAGAGCGUAGACGUCCACGGCCUCCCCAAGGAUCUCUUCCCCCAGGCCCAGAACUCCAACCCUCAGGAGAUAGCCUUCCAUUCAGGUAACUUCUCCCAACACAGGGCCCCCUCCUUCCACGGAGAGUUUACUGUGGGCUCCUUGCCGCUCUCUAGCUCCUACUCCAGCUUCAGCCAGGCUUCCGAGGAGGAGAAGGGAGGGGAAGGCUGCGGCGGCGGCACCAGCAGCGUCAUGUCCUCCUCCCACCAGGCGCUCUACAUGGACUGGCGGGAUGGGGGGUACGGUGAACACAAGAGCACCUCUUCUUAUGAGAAGGACAGCCCUCCCAGCCUCAGCCUCUUCCCCAAGUCCCACAGCUUCCAGCACAUGGCGAUGCUCCCUUCCCCCAACCCGGCGAAAGGCGGUGGCGGCUCUUCGCCAGCGUACGUGCACACGCCGUCCUGCGGCUACAGUGAGCCGUACCACUCGCCCCACCUAGCAUCGUUGCACAGCCAGGGCUCAGCCCAGGGUGGAGGAGGACCCCGGGCGGUGGAGCGCUCAGACAGCCAGGCCAGCAUAGGUGUCCCCACCGAAGAAGAACUGUCUGGAAGCUGGAGGCAGCGGAGUGUAGAGGACAUCAACUCGUACUCCUACAACUGCAAUCCGGGCCGCAUGUCUCCCUACAGCUUUUCCGAGCAGCACUUCACCUUCCAGGAGGGGGACGCGAACGUCUCUCUCCACAGCCAUGUGCUGGACCAGUGCUUGGCCGCUGCCGUCGGUGGUGGCGGACUCUCACCCAGUCCCAAACACCCCAGCAUGGGCCUGCGGGGCAGGCCCCAGCCCCUUUACAGAGCCAAGGAGGACAGCCAGGACUCAGAGUGCAGCCAGUUCCUCUCAGGAAGCUUGAAGGACAAGGAGAGCGGGGCGGCUGGAGCGGCACGGGGGACCAUGAACAAGGAACAUGUGGAUGUGAGCCCCAACAGCUUGGCCAAGUCCUUAGACCACCAAAGCUCCCUGGAAGCCCCCGGUCUGCAGCAGCAACACUACCAGAGGGAGAGAGUGAGGCCCAGCCUGAGCCUAGCUGUUCCCAGGAAGAGUUCUCAACACCACCAAAAAUUUGGAAGCACAGGAACAGGACUUAACAGGAAGGACAGUCUUACCAAGGCCCAGCUGUACGGCACCCUCCUGAACUGAACAGCUCGGUAACACUUUAGACUUGACAGGUAUAAUGCAUUAAGAUGCGGUUAUAAUUAAUUGUAAGACUUGUCAUAAGCACGUAUGACCCCUUAUAAAAAGUCUUAAUAUUAUCUCAAUGGCCAAAUAACAGCAAUUGUGAGCAAGUUGAAAAUAUACUUCAUAAAAAGCCAUAACAUAUUGUAACCCUUGUAAUAAGAAAUAAAAAAGCUCAAGCUUAUACAAUUAUACCGGUUAGCUUGAAGUAGUGUUACCAACAGCUCUUCCUUUUACGCGUGACGAUUAUGUACAUCAUGUUUUCUGUGGCAAACACACAGUUGGUGUGGAUUUGAGAUGUUUUUGUAAUCCGGUGAAGGCAGGCUUCAAGCUGUCAGAUGCUACACAGCUGUGUUUUUUGGGGGGCUGUUUAUGUCAUGAUACGGUGUAGUUAUCAGAGAGACCAGACACCAGAUUUCCUACAGUAUAUCAUCCCUUAUUCUCUGAGACAGCCAUUCAGCAAGCUCAAAGCUAUUUCGGAGAAGGCUCACAAGACAAAUUAUCGCUUAACAAUUACGACAGUAUUGAGGCAGUAACUAUUGUACUAAAUACAUAAGCUAUUAGCAUUUGAAGUAUGUCAGUAACACAACAUAAUUUAGUACAAGCAUAAUGUCUACCAUUCAUUUCGGCAGACAGACAGACCUAUGCUGUGAGAGCUAAGGGCUCCAAGUUCCCAUCAAACCCCCGCUAUUGAGAAUUUCAUUACAAUGGCAUAAUACCUACUAAAGGCUACAUAAACUCCUCAGCAAAAAAUAAAAAAAUAAACAUCCUUUCACUGUCAACUGCGUUUAUUUUCAGCAAACUUAACAUGUAUAAAUAUUUGUAUGAACAUAACACGAUUCAACAACUGAGACAAGUUCCACAGACAUGUGAUUAACAGAAAAAAGUAACAGUCAGUAUCUGGUGUGGCCACCAGCUGCAUUAAGUACUGCAGUGCAUCUCCACCUCAUGGACUGCACCAGAUGUGCCCGUUCUUGCUGUGAGAUGUGUUACCCCACUCUUCCACCAAAGCACCUGCAAGUUCCCAGAAUUUUUAAUGGCAAUGGCCCUAGCCCUCACCCUCCAAUCCAACAGGUCCCAGACGUGCUCAAUGGGAUUGAGAUGCGGGCUCUUCGAUUGGCAGAACACUGACAUUCCUGUCUUGCAGGAAAUCAGGCACAAAAUGAGCAGUAUGGCAAUGUCAUGCUGGAGGGUCAUGUCAGGAUGAGCCUGCAGGAAGGGUACCACAUGAGGGAGGAGGAUGUCUUCCCUGUAACGCACAGCGUUGAGAUUGCCUGCAAUGACAAGCUCAGUCCGAUGAUGCAGUGAAACACCGCCCCAGACCAUGACGGACCCGCCACCUCCAAAUCGAUCCCGCUCCAGAUUACAGGCCUCGGUGUAACGCUCAUUCCUUUGACGAUAAUUGCGAAUCCGACCAUCACCCCUGGUGAGACAAAACCACGACUCAUCAGUGAAGAGCACUUUUUGCCAGUUCUGUCUAGUCCAGCGACAGUGGGUUUGUGCCCAUAAGUGACGUUGUUACCGGUGAUGUCUGGUGAGGACCUGCCUUAGUGUCCUAAGUUUUCAUAACUGUGACCUUAAUUUCCUACCGUCUGUAAGCUGUUAGUAUCUUAACGACCGUUCCACAGGUGCAUGGUCAUUAAUUGUUUAUGGUUCAUUGAACAAGCAUGGGAAACAGUUUUUAAACCCUUUACAAUGAAGAUCUGUGAAGUUAUUUGGAUUUUUACUAAUUAUCUUUGAAAGACAGGGUUCUGAAAAAGGGACGUUUCUUUUUUUGCUGAGUUUAUGUAUCCUGCUGUCUCGAAAGCUGUUAACUUCUAAGGCCUCAUUUUCUCAUGUACAAACUGCAUGUUGUGCAUUUGGAAAGUGUUCAGACCCCUUGACUUUUUCCACAUUUUGUUCCGUUACAGCCUUAUUCUAAAAUGGAUUGAAUCGCCCCCCCCCCUCAUCUACACACAAUACCCCAUAAUGACAAAGCAAAAUCUGUUUUUUAGAAAUGUUCGCAAAAUUAUAAAAACAUUUAAAACUGAAAUAUUACAUUUAUAUAAGUAUUCAGACCCUUUACUCUGUACUUUGCUGAAGCACUUUGGACAGCGAUAACAGCCUGACCAAGGCCCUUCUCCCACGAUUGCUCAGUUUUGCCGAGAGUCCAGCUCUAGGAAGAGUUUUGGUGGUUCCAAACUUCUUCCAUUUAAGAAUGUUGGAGGUCACUGUGUUCUUGGACUUUUGAUGAUGCAGAGAUGUUUUGGUACCCACCCCACAUCUGUGCCUCGACACAAUCCUGUCUUGGAGCUCUAUGGACAAUUCCUUCGACCUCGUGGCCUGGUUUUUGCUCUGCCGUGCAGUGUCAACUGUGGGACCUUAUAUAGACAGGUGUGUGCUUUUACAAAUUAUGUCCAAUCAAUUGAAUUUACCACAGGUAAACUCCAAUCAAGUUGAAGAAACAUCAAGGAUGGUCAAUGGAAACAGGAUGCACCCGAGCUCAAUUUCGAGUCUCAUAGCAAAGGGUCUGAAAAGGUGUAUAAAUAAGUUGUUUUUUUUUUUAUUGAAAAUAAAUUUGCACCUCAUGAAAAGUUAUUGCUUUGUGUAGAUUGAUGAGGGAAAACUAUUUAAUCCAUUUUAGAAUAAGGCUGUAAUGUAACAAAAUGUGAAAAAAGGGAAGGGGUCUGAAUACUUUACGAAUGCACUGUAUGAAAAGUGUUUAACCUUUUUUAACCCUAAAGUGAUUUCUUCUAGGCAGCAACUCAUGGUUAGCACCUGAACAUUGGGGAGAGACUACAGAAAUAAUUGUUAAAUGUCUCUUAUCCAAUUGACAUGCAUAUUGAUACUUAGGAGGAAGACGUCUGAAUAAUAAAUGUCAUGCACUGGGAUUCGAUGAAUCAAAAGAAUAGACUGUUAAAUAACCAUUUCAAAGACAUAUUGUACAUUGUAAUACAAAUGUAACAAGUUGGUGGAGCAGUAUGGGGUGUUUUCCUUCCAAUAAUACUGAAAAUAAGGAAUAUAUAUGUACAAUAUUAUUUCUAGGAAAAUAUCCCCACAGAACAGACGUUGACAACCCUUUUGAUAAAAAGUGAGAUACUGAUAAAGGAUUUAAAAGGUUGCACAGUAGGGUGUAAAAUAAUCCAUGUACCUGGGCUAAUUUUACUCUGUCUAAAUAUUACAUGUAGGAAUUUGGCCAGGGCACCUAAUGUCUCAACUUCACAGUUUUGAUUGUCCAAGUUGGAAAAGAGCAUGAAUUCAAUGCUGUUGCAUGAAUACCCAACCACUAGCUAGUACAUUUUGCCUUAAUUCUGUUCAGUAGCAAGUCUUCUUUUUUUCUACACUUCUGACAGUGGGUGUGUGUGUGUGUAUGGUAUUAAUGUUAAUUAAUAUACCAGCCAGGUUUCCUACUCUAGAAUCUUGUUGGCAUCAGCCGUAUUGGAUCUCUAACUAAAACAAGGCAUUUCAUUCUUUGACAAGUCCUCUCACUGUGGCUUUUUAUUUUAUUUUUUAUAAACUUUCCCCAAAAUUUUAAGACCAGGACACGUUGUUCAUGCCCUGGACUCAGGAUACCAUCUGGGGGAGGUGGACACCUGCAAAAUGCUGCUAAAGCCAGGGACAGAGAGAGCACAGAGGCAGUUGCCCCCCUCUGUGCACUGGCAUCACUGUACCUCUUCCACCAGGCAGCCAUUUUGGUACUUUGUCCAUUUUUUUGCAGACCUGAUGGUUUCCCUAAAUCGAAACUACUGUACAGAAGGGGCCCAGAUUCUGAUCCCCUAUAGACAGAGUAUUUUUUAUUGUGGAUGUAAUAAGAAUAUAUUCAAUCGUUACCAUUUAUAUUUUUAUCCUGGUUAUGUUGAUGUUCUUGACUUUGACCCCUGAAUAAAUUGUCCUCCUGUCCUGUUCUACCUCAGACUACGACAAAUAACUUUUCAAGGACCAACAGGCCAGCUGGUUGUUUGAUGCAUGUUUCUAUAUUUUUGCUGUAUGUUUAUUUACGUAUUAAUAAAGGAGGUUUCUGCAUUAUGAUGCAUUAACAUGACAAUUA